CGGACUCCAGCUUACCCCGAGACGCCCGCAGCCCGAGGACUCACCAGCGGCAGAGACCGCGGGCCCGGGCGCGGGGGAGGCCGCCGAUCGAGUCGGCUCCCUCCGCCCCGCGAAGCCUGCACGCCCGCCGGUGAAUCAAAAAGGGCCCAGGAAGCCUAUGAAUGUUGGAGAAAAUUCACCUGUGAAUUUUUGAUGUUUAAGGAGUUUUUUGUAUUUGUAUUCAUCUUUUAAACUGGGAAGAUUCAUAUUUUAUUUUAAAACUUCUUGGUAUUUACAAUGAAUGGACACAGUGAUGAAGAAAGUGUUAGAAACAGUAGUGGAGAAUCAAGCCAGUCGGAUGAUGAUUCUGGGUCAGCUUCGGGCUCAGCAUCGGGUUCAAGUUCUGGAAGCAGUAGUGAUGGAAGCAGUAGCCAGUCAGGUAGCAGUGACUCUGAGUCCGGAUCUGAAUCAGGCAGUCAGUCAGAGUCUGAAUCAGACACUUCCCGAGAAAACAAAGUCCAAGCAAAACCACCGAAAGUUGAUGGAGCUGAGUUUUGGAAAUCUAGCCCUAGUAUUCUGGCCGUUCAGAGAUCUGCAAUGCUCAAGAAGCAGCAGCAGCAGCAGCAGCAGCAUCAGGCUUCAUCUAAUAGUGGAUCAGAGGAGGAUUCCUCCAGCAGUGAAGAUUCUGAUGACUCAUCGAACGAGGUCAAAAGGAAAAAACAUAAAGAUGAAGAUUGGCAAAUGUCUGGGUCAGGAUCUCCAUCUCAAUCUGGUUCAGAUUCAGAAUCUGAAGAAGAAAGAGAUAAAAGCAGUUGUGAUGAAACAGAAUCUGAUUAUGAGCCAAAAAACAAAGUUAAAAGCAGAAAACCUCAAAAUAGAUCUAAGGCAAAAAAUGGGAAGAAAAUUCUUGGACAAAAAAAGAGACAGAUUGAUUCAUCUGAGGAGGAAGAUGAUGAAGAAGAUUAUGAUAAUGAUAAAAGAAGUUCUCGUCGCCAGGCAACUGUCAAUGUUAGCUAUAAAGAAGAUGAAGAAAUGAAAACAGAUUCUGAUGAUCUACUGGAGGUCUGUGGAGAGGAUGUUCCUCAACCUGAGGAAGAAGAAUUUGAAACAAUAGAACGUUUUAUGGAUUGUCGGAUUGGGAGAAAAGGAGCUACUGGUGCUACUACAACCAUCUAUGCAGUUGAAGCAGAUGGUGACCCAAAUGCAGGAUUUGAAAAAAACAAGGAACCAGGCGAGAUCCAAUAUUUGAUUAAAUGGAAAGGAUGGUCCCAUAUUCACAAUACUUGGGAGACAGAAGAAACCCUUAAGCAGCAGAAUGUUAGAGGAAUGAAAAAAUUGGAUAACUAUAAGAAAAAAGAUCAGGAAACAAAAAGAUGGUUGAAAAAUGCUUCUCCAGAAGAUGUGGAAUAUUAUAAUUGCCAGCAAGAACUUACAGAUGAUCUACACAAACAGUAUCAAAUUGUGGAACGAAUAAUUGCUCAUUCCAAUCAGAAGUCAGCAGCUGGUUAUCCCGAUUAUUACUGUAAAUGGCAGGGCCUUCCAUACUCAGAGUGCAGCUGGGAGGAUGGAGCUCUAAUUUCCAAAAAGUUUCAAGCAUGCAUAGAUGAGUAUUUUAGCAGGAAUCAAUCAAAAACCACUCCUUUUAAAGAUUGCAAAGUAUUAAAACAAAGGCCAAGAUUUGUAGCCCUAAAAAAGCAACCAUCCUAUAUUGGAGGACAUGAGAGUUUAGAAUUAAGAGAUUAUCAACUGAAUGGUUUAAAUUGGCUUGCUCACUCUUGGUGCAAAGGAAAUAGUUGCAUCCUUGCUGAUGAAAUGGGCCUUGGAAAAACAAUACAGACGAUCUCAUUUCUGAACUAUUUGUUUCAUGAACAUCAAUUAUAUGGACCUUUUCUGUUAGUGGUACCACUUUCCACUCUUACUUCUUGGCAAAGGGAAAUUCAGACAUGGGCUUCUCAAAUGAAUGCUGUGGUUUAUUUAGGUGACAUUAACAGCAGAAAUAUGAUAAGAACUCAUGAAUGGAUGCAUCCCCAGACCAAACGGUUAAAAUUUAAUAUACUUUUAACAACUUACGAAAUUUUAUUGAAGGAUAAGGCAUUCCUUGGAGGUCUAAAUUGGGCGUUUAUAGGUGUAGAUGAAGCACAUCGAUUAAAGAAUGAUGACUCUCUUCUGUAUAAAACUUUAAUAGACUUUAAGUCCAAUCAUCGUCUCCUUAUUACUGGAACUCCUCUACAAAACUCCCUCAAAGAGCUCUGGUCUUUGCUACAUUUCAUUAUGCCAGAAAAGUUUUCUUCCUGGGAAGAUUUUGAAGAAGAACAUGGAAAAGGCAGAGAAUAUGGUUAUGCAAGCCUCCACAAGGAGCUUGAGCCAUUUCUGUUACGCAGAGUUAAAAAAGAUGUGGAAAAAUCUCUUCCUGCCAAGGUUGAGCAGAUUUUAAGAAUGGAAAUGAGUGCUUUACAGAAACAGUAUUACAAAUGGAUAUUAACUAGGAAUUACAAAGCCCUCAGCAAAGGUUCCAAGGGCAGUACCUCAGGCUUUUUGAACAUUAUGAUGGAGCUAAAGAAAUGUUGUAACCAUUGCUACCUCAUUAAACCACCAGAUAAUAAUGAAUUCUAUAAUAAACAGGAGGCCUUACAACACUUAAUCCGUAGUAGCGGAAAAUUGAUUCUUCUUGACAAACUGUUAAUUCGUCUAAGAGAACGAGGCAAUAGAGUUCUUAUUUUUUCUCAAAUGGUGCGGAUGUUAGAUAUUCUUGCAGAAUAUUUGAAAUAUCGUCAAUUCCCCUUUCAAAGAUUAGAUGGAUCAAUAAAAGGGGAGCUGAGAAAACAAGCUCUAGAUCAUUUUAAUGCUGAAGGAUCAGAGGAUUUCUGCUUUUUACUUUCCACAAGAGCUGGAGGCUUGGGAAUUAAUUUAGCCUCCGCUGACACUGUUGUUAUAUUUGAUUCUGAUUGGAAUCCACAAAAUGAUCUUCAGGCACAGGCUAGAGCUCAUCGAAUUGGGCAGAAGAAACAGGUGAAUAUUUAUCGUCUAGUUACGAAGGGAUCAGUUGAAGAGGAUAUACUUGAAAGGGCCAAAAAGAAGAUGGUUUUAGAUCACCUUGUAAUUCAGAGAAUGGACACAACUGGGAAGACAGUACUACAUACAGGUUCUGCCCCCUCAAGUUCUACUCCUUUCAAUAAAGAAGAAUUAUCAGCCAUUUUAAAGUUUGGCGCUGAGGAACUUUUUAAGGAACCUGAAGGAGAAGAGCAAGAGCCCCAGGAAAUGGAUAUAGAUGAAAUCUUGAAGAGGGCUGAAACUCAUGAAAACGAACCAGGCCCUUUAACUGUAGGAGAUGAGUUGCUUUCCCAGUUCAAGGUUGCCAACUUUUCAAAUAUGGAUGAGGAUGACAUUGAGUUGGAACCAGAAAGAAAUUCAAAGAAUUGGGAAGAAAUAAUUCCAGAAGAUCAAAGAAGACGAUUAGAAGAGGAAGAAAGACAAAAGGAACUUGAAGAAAUUUAUAUGCUUCCAAGAAUGAGAAACUGUGCAAAACAGAUUAGUUUUAAUGGAAGUGAAGGGAGGCGCAGUAGAAGUAGGAGAUAUUCUGGAUCUGAUAGUGACUCCAUCUCAGAAAGGAAAAGGCCAAAGAAACGUGGAAGACCACGGACUAUUCCUCGAGAGAAUAUCAAAGGAUUUAGUGAUGCAGAAAUUAGGCGGUUUAUCAAGAGUUACAAGAAAUUUGGUGGCCCUCUGGAAAGAUUAGAUGCAAUUGCUCGGGAUGCUGAAUUAGUUGAUAAGUCAGAGACAGACCUCCGACGAUUAGGAGAAUUGGUGCAUAAUGGUUGCAUUAAAGCUUUAAAGGAUAAUUCUUCAGGAACAGAACGAACAGGUGGUAGACUUGGAAAAGUGAAGGGUCCAACAUUCCGAAUAUCAGGUGUACAGGUGAAUGCCAAGCUCGUCAUCUCCCACGAAGAAGAAUUAAUACCAUUGCACAAAUCCAUUCCUUCAGAUCCAGAAGAAAGAAAGCAGUAUACUAUCCCAUGCCACACAAAGGCAGCUCAUUUUGAUAUAGACUGGGGCAAAGAAGAUGAUUCCAAUUUGUUAAUUGGUAUCUAUGAAUAUGGAUAUGGAAGCUGGGAAAUGAUUAAAAUGGAUCCUGACCUCAGUUUAACACACAAGAUCCUUCCUGAUGAUCCUGAUAAAAAACCACAAGCAAAGCAAUUGCAGACACGUGCGGACUACCUCAUCAAAUUACUUAGUAGAGAUCUUGCCAAAAAAGAAGCUCAGAGGCUUUCUGGUGCAGGAGGGUCAAAGAGGAGAAAAGCAAGAGCUAAGAAGAAUAAAGCAAUGAAGUCUAUAAAAGUGAAAGAAGAAAUAAAGAGUGAUUCUUCACCCCUGCCUUCAGAGAAGUCUGAUGAAGAUGAUGAAAAGGAUGAGAUCACUUCUGUGAAACAUCCAAAUAAAAAAAUUAAAACAGAAAGAGACAGUGAAGAAAGACCUGAGCCAGAUGUUUUUAUAAAGAAGGAAUCAGAAGAAAAGAGGGAAGCAAAAGAAAAAGAGAAUAAAAGAGAACUUAAAAGGGAGCUAAAAGAAAAAGAGGAUAAGAAAGAUAUAAAGGAAAAAGAUUUUAAAGAGAAAAGAGAAAACAAAGUAAAAGAAGCUAUACAGAAAGAAAAAGACAUAAAGGAAGAAAAGUUGAGUGAAUCCAAGUCUGAUAGCAAGGAAAGAUCCAAGAAAUCUUCAGUGUCAGAUGCUCCAGUUCAUAUCACCGCAGGUGGUGAACCAGUUCCCAUAUCUGAAGAAUCUGAAGAGCUAGAUCAGAAGACAUUCAGCAUUUGUAAAGAAAGGAUGAGGCCUGUCAAAGCAGCUUUGAAACAACUUGAUAGGCCUGAAAAAGGCCUUUCAGAAAGAGAACAAUUGGAGCAUACUAGACAGUGUUUAAUAAAAAUUGGAGACCAUAUCACAGAAUGUCUGAAAGAGUAUGCAAAUCCUGAACAAAUCAAGCAGUGGAGAAAAAACCUGUGGAUUUUUGUAUCUAAGUUUACGGAGUUUGACGCAAGAAAAUUACAUAAAUUAUAUAAACAUGCUAUUAAAAAACGACAGGAAUCUCAGCAAAAUAAUGACCAGAACAGCAACUUGAAUGCUCAAGUGAUUAGAAAUCCAGAUGUGGAAAGAUUAAAAGAGAAUACAAAUCACGAUGAUAGCAGCAGGGACAGUUAUUCAUCUGAUAGACACUUAUCUCAGUAUCAUGAUCAUCAUAAAGACCGACAUCAGGGAGAUUCUUAUAAAAAGACUGACUCUAGGAAAAGACCCUAUUCUUCUUUUAGUAAUGGUAAAGAUCAUCGUGACUGGGAUCAUUACAAGCAAGAAAGCAGGUAUUACAGUGAUAGAGAGAAACACAGAAAACUGGAUGAUCACAGGAGUAGAGAUCACAGGUCAAAUUUGGAAGGAAGUUUAAAGGAUAGAUCUCAUUCUGAUCAUCGUUCUCAUUCAGAUCAUCGGUUACAUUCAGACCAUCGGGCAAGUUCUGAAUAUACACACCAUAAAUCUUCCAGGGAUUAUAGGUAUCAUUCAGAUUGGCAAAUGGACCACAGAGCUUCCAGUAGUGGCCCCAGAUCACCUUUAGAUCAGAGAUCUCCUUAUGGCUCCAGAUCUCCAUUUGAACACUCAGUUGAACACAAAAGUACACCCGAGCAUACCUGGAGUAGUCGGAAAACAUAACAAAAACUGAUACUUUGUCUUUCCGGACUUUUCUUUUAGCCAUAUAUCAUAAACCAACACAGUAAUUGCCUUACAUGACUUGAAAGAUAUAAACAGAUCUUCUAUCAGUAGCAGUAUUGUUACUUCUUUCCAGGAUGCAAGGUCUAUUAUCCCAACAGAAGAGAAAAUAUUUUUAUAUUUAAGGAUUAUGCUGCACUGUACUACAAAUACUGUAGUACUUUUUUUUUUUUCUUUUUUAAAGAAAUGGAAAAUGUUUACUAUUACAGGGACCUCAACACUGCCCUUCCAUAUAGGCUGGAUAAAACUGUUUUUAAGUCAGUGAUUUUAGACUGACCUCCAUUUAAAUUAUGUUUGUAUAUGAACUUUACUCUGACCUGUGAUCAUGUUUCAGGAAGGAAUGAAAGAGAGUUCUUUUCUUAAUAAAGAAAAAACACUCAAGGACUUUGUUCACUUUCCAAAGCUACUUGUUUACAUUGUACACUGCGACCACCUUGCCGCUUUUCAUCACAAGCUUGAAUAUUUAAAUUCUGUACUUAUAUCUGUAAAAUAGCCAGGAAUUUCCUGUUUGUGAUCUAUUAUUAUGCCUUUUUACACACACACAUACACACAAAUGGCUGUAAAUUAUUGUAAAUGGAUUAAAUGAGCUUUCCUUACUUCCUUUCCCUCCUCAGGCUUUUUUUGACUGUUCCUUUCCCUACCAACUCAGGCCUUCUUAUCAUUUAAAAAUAUCAGUGUAAUAACACUUUUUAAUGAUUUGUCUGAUGGAAUCAUUGUUUAGAAUGUAAAAAAUGGGGAAAGGGGCCACUUAAUUCCAUAGUCCUCUUUUUAUAUUGACUAUUUUAUUAGAUACAUGUUAUUUCUUUUUUUUUUUUUCUUUUUUAGUAAUUAUUGUGUUUGUAGUAACAAAAUGGUGAGAUAAUAUGUAAAAUCUAAACUGCAUGCUCUGGAAACAUUUUUUUCAGAUGCAUUUGGUUUAAAAGGGUAGGUGUAUGAACACUUUUCAGAAUCCAAAAUGGCCAAAAGUUAUUGUAAAUCCAUUUGUUUUCCCUUUUCAUGUGGGCAAUAAUGUCAAAUGUGCUAUGCAGCCAGGUAACAUUUUAGAUAAACUUGAUUGACUUUUAAUAUAAACUGUUACAAUGCACACUGAUUGUAUAUAAAAACCUUAUAUAUGACAAAUUAAAUUUAAGAAAAAGGA